AUGUUAUCUGUCCUGCUGCUGAGUCAUUCCGCGGCGAGAAUCGUCUUUGUAGACUACCAGUUACUUGAAAUUGCCCAAGGAACACUUGAUCUUCUCACCCAAAAGACAGAUACAACACCACCUAUUCUUGUUUUAAUUGUUGUUUCUGAGGGUCUUCUGGAAACGGUAGAUGGUGGAUUUGAGAUAAGAAGGCCAAGGAGUGAAUGGGAUCCUAUCAGUGUAAAUUAUACCUCAGGCACAACAUCCAGGCCCAAAGGGGUUGUUUACAGUCAUCGGGGUGCUUAUCUUAACGCGUUGUCUACGGUUCUGCUUCAUGGAAUAGGCUCAAUGCCUGUUUAUCUAUGGACUGUGCCUAUGUUUCACUGCAAUGGGUGGUGCCUCACUUGUGGGGUGGCUGCUCAGGGUGGAACUAACAUCUGCCUCAGGAAAGUCAAUCCAGACAACAUAGUUCAAUACAAUGUCACACACAUGGGAGGGGCACCAACUGUCUUGAACAUGAUUGUUAAUUCACCGGUCAGUGACUGGAGGCCACUUCCUCGCAAGGUGGAAAUAAUGACGGGUGGUUCACCACCCCCACCACAGAUCCUUUUCAAGAUGGAAGAAUUGGGGUUUGGAGUAAAUCACUUGUAUGGUCUAACAGACACUCAUGGUCCAGGGACUUAUUGCUCAUGGAAACCAGAAUGGGUUCUCUGCCUUCCAUUGAAAGAUCAAAGCUUAAAGCUCGACAAGGGGUGCGGCAUCUUGGUUUGGAAGAGGUUGACAUAA